GCCAAACCAAGCAACCAGCAUGCGUAUCGUUGGACUCCUCCUCGUGAGUGCGGUGCUGCUGCUGCACGUGGCGCCAACAGACUCCAGGGAAUUAGGUUGUUUCAACGCAAAACGGGUGUACAAAUUCUUCAGAACAAGGGUUCCAGUUGGAACGAGGAAAUUUGCAUCUCGGUGUGGCGUAAAAUGCAGGAACACAGCAGGAAAAUUCACGUAUUUUGCGUUAGAGAGAGACACCAAGAAAUGUACUUGUUUGAGUCGUCCAAAGAUGUCAUUCUUCAAGGGGUUAAGGCCAUAUAGGAAGAGACCAUGCGGAAAAUCAGGGAAUGUAAAGCUUUACCGGUUCCCUAAGGCACCUGGGAAAUCUAAGCGACGCCCAAUACGCCGAAAAUUUCCAAGAAGAAAAAUCAGAAGAGAUCGAUGCCCUACAAGAUACGGUUAUAAGAAGAGAAAGACUGGAUGCUACGCCGUAUUCCAACAAGCCUUCACCUGGCCAGAGGCUGCGAUAUUCUGCUUCGUAGAGGGUGCACGACUCGUAGAAAUUAACAAUAAAAAGAAGAACAAAGACGUCGCCGCACUGGCUAAAGCACUUAGGAAGGACGUAUGGAUAGGAGCGAAUGACAUCAUUCAGGAGAACGCCUUGCGAUUUAUCGGCACCAAUCGGGGCGUGAAAGCAUUCUUCAAGAAGAAGAUAGGAAACAACAAACGAAAGAACUGUGUAAAACUCUCCGCCAACUCAAAAUGGAGGUCAUCCAACUGUAACAACAGGCGACCUUUCAUUUGCGAAAGAUACCCUCGCAGAUGGGAGUAAAGGGAAGUCUCGGUGCCUCGAGAGAGGGAGACAGUGGGAUGUCUCAUAACGCCCAACAUCAUGUGUAAAUGUAUUGUGAUUUAAUAAAUUGUUACAACC